AUGACGAAGGAUAAUAAACAGCCCCGCGACCUGCACCAUCUGCUUGCCCGGCCGUCGUACGCAUCGAUAACUAUACGCCGACCAGCUCGCUCGCCUCAGCCACAAGAUCGACGCUCCAUCAUUGCUCCAGACGAGGAGCGGCGGGACGAGAACGCUGACCUCUUCUACUGGGUCAUACAGCCGGACAACUUGGUCGACGUGAAGGAGCUAGCUUGUCACCCUCAUGACGCCUCUGACCACCGUGGAUGGGUAGCUGCUGGUACUACCGUCUCAAGUCAGGGUAUUUGGGAUCAAGAGGAUAUCGAGCGCAUACAUAAAACUGGCCCAGUGGAAAAGCGGGAAAGCCUUGAGACAGGAGACCCCUACCCGAGCAGGAUUCCAAACCCCAACUUCAUACCAAAUCGGAUACUGCCUGAAGAAAUCUUUCCUGGCUUUGAGGCAUUCACUAAGAGGUGGUGGGAUGCAUGUGUAGAGCAAGAGCUUCAACUUCUCCGGUGCCUCUGUGAAAUCCUUGAUCUUCCAGACAAAGAUUUCCUGGGGAAACAGCAAAAUCCGCACUUUAAUCGCAGUGUGACUGGUUGGAAUCAUUACCUAUCUAUACCCACUCAAUCCCUGACAAGUGGACAAUCUACCCGUCUCAAUGCUCAUACAGACUAUGGGCAAUUGACUUUACUGUUCCAAGAUACGACUGGCGGACUCGAGGUUGAGGAUCAAGAAUCCGGCAUUUUCAGGCCUGUGCUCCCUAGACCUGGUACGGUUAUUGUUCAGAUUGCCGAUAUGCUUGAGAGACAGUCUAAUGGGAGAUGGAAAAGCUCCUUGCAUCGAGUUACUACCCCUCAUCACCUGAAGCACAGUGAUGCAGGUGAUAGCAUCUUGAUUGAGCGAUUUUCGAUUGGUUUCUUUAUUCAGCCUGACUUCGAUGUGGUUAUGAAACCUCUUCCGGGUUGUGAAGCCAAAGGGAGAUGGUCAUCGCUGGAGUGGGAGGAUGGAAUUACUGCUGGCGAGUGGCUGACUAGGAGAGUCGCUCUGGAAUAUCGACCCAAGGAUAAGUAAUUUUGGUCCGCUGGAUAGUAUAACGGCUCUCGGUAGAGAAGGGAGAGAGGGGCCGUGUAAAGAAGUCAGGUUAUCGGUCAAGGGAGAGAAAUGAGGUUGUUCUUAAGGGAAAAGAUAUUUGAGUAAGGUAUAUAAAGUAUUACCCAUAUAAAAAUUUACUAUUUAC